AGCCCUUUUGUUUGUAAAAGAGAAAGAAAAAACGCACGAUUCGAUAAUUCCGAAUAGUCCUACCGGUCCUGUUCUGUGAGGAAACAAACAGCUGUCUUAAUAGCAUUAGUGAUUAAACGACUGAGAGGAGAGCAUACGAACACGUCUAAACGAAACACAAACAGGGCCGUACGCAUUUACAUUACUCCUCACGGAUAGGUGUUUCAUCUUUCGUUUGUCGUCUGCCGCCUUUCGUUGCUCGACAGGAUUCUCUACGAGGCUACGCUGUGCCAUUGACCAUGUCCUCGGUGCCCUCGUCAUCACGAGGACCGUUUCCCUCCGUGUAGUCUUCAAUCUGCAGUUAUGCUGUUGCUCGACGACGGCAAUUAAGCACAGCAGUCUAUUGAGAUGCGAUUGAGAGCGUUGACCUGUGAAUCGCUGUGGUGCGGUACAAGCACGUCUAGUGAUCAGAUAGCAAAAUAAAUUUAAAAAAAUCACGCCACCGUUCUGUUCUACAAGAGGGAGCAACUAAUCAACAACUGCUGGUUGAGAGAGAAACAGUUCAACUCGGAAGUUUUGUAAAUAUCGUUCUUUUGUCCUUGCAUCGUUUCUGUGCUUCUUCGUUUAGCGUGCCUCCUUGUUGUUGCGUGCUUCAAGAGUGUCUGUGUACGUGUAUGGUGUGCGUGACAUCGAUGUGACAUUGUGAGUAACAGGUGAUAAAAAGUGGAGUGUGAAACUACAUGCGUCGUUUGCCCGGUCCUGAUUCACGUUCAAGACUACGGCCAUGGUCCGUUUGGAGGCAGUGCAAGCAGUUCCAUCAACAGCAGUUAUUAAAUCUGUAAUACUAGUUGUCGUAGAAGUUUCUGAUGGCGGCUUUCUGGCCUAUACCAGCAGUGUAAGAAACUAAGCUAAGUGAUCCGGUAACUGUGUGACGACGGAAAUGCGAGAGUGUACAGUAUCACAAUAAUCAAUACACACAUCUCUUGAAUUUCUGACACUUCCUUCGUGAGGCUGUGUGAAUUUACGUGGGUGCUUGUCCACAAAGAUUUCUCUACUUCGUUUACCAUUCACCUUCCGUGGUGCCGCCUCGAAAUCCUAUUGCGAAACCCCCCGCAGCUCGCGGGGGUCCUCUGGCCGCUGCGUGCACGAUGAAGAUGGUGCACUGCGCGGGCUGCGAACGGCCCAUUCUCGAUCGUUUUUUAUUGCACGUAUUGGACCGGUCAUGGCACGCCAAGUGUGUGCAGUGCUCUGACUGUCGAUGUAGCCUCAGUGAAAAGUGCUUUUCGCGUGAUGGCAAACUUUUCUGUCGGAAUGACUUCUAUAAGAGGUUCGGCACAAAGUGCGCGGGGUGUUCUCAGGGCAUAUCACCAACAGACCUCGUUCGACGCGCUCGUUCGAAAGUUUUUCAUCUCAAGUGUUUUACUUGUCUCGUUUGCCGGAAACAGCUUUCUACAGGUGAAGAACUCUAUGUCCUCGACGAAAAUCGCUUUAUAUGUAAAGAGGACUACCUCAGUCAACGACAGCAAGGUAGCGCCAGUUACGGCAUAUUCUGUACGGGAACUAACACGUUGACACCACUCGAUGGAAUGAUGUCAUCUUCACCUGGUGACCACUCGCUCGACCUCGAUGAGACGCAAGACAGCCAGUCCGAGCUUCUGCUAGAACGGGAACCUCGAGAAGAUUCGGUAGAACGGGAUCUUCUCUCGUUGGGCCCACAGAGCCCGCAACCACCACUGACUCAACUGCCGGCAACGGCAGGUGGUCAGAACAGUCCAAACGUCAACCAGCUCCAAAUGACAGAUUUAGCGGGACUCAAGAGGCCUGACUCGGGUGGUUCGGGUCCAGACUCUGGGACGGCCGCGGCCGCUGACGACGGCAGCGGAGGCCAGAAGCGACGAGGACCCCGUACCACAAUCAAGGCCAAACAACUCGAGACGCUAAAGGCCGCAUUUGCGGCGACACCGAAACCUACCCGGCAUAUUCGGGAACAGCUCGCACAGGAAACAGGAUUGAAUAUGCGCGUUAUACAGGUUUGGUUUCAAAAUCGUCGCUCCAAAGAGAGACGCAUGAAGCAGUUGUCAACGCUGGGAGCACGGCGUCAUUUCUUUCGCAGUCCGCGCCGGGUGAUGAGGGCAUUGAGACCUGGUAUGAGUCCAGACCCGCUCGACGACAGCCCUCCGGAUUUGCUCGCUCAACCCGCGGGGGGACCAACAGGCGGUCCCCAGAACGCGUUUGGAUACUUCUCUGAUUCGUCAAAUCAGGAUUUUGGCUAUGCGCAAAACGGGGGUCAGGGCCCAGGUUUCUAUGACUUUUUCCCUGGACAACAAGCGGAAGGAAUGCCAUUUGGACAUACCGCAAACCCAAGUCUAUCACCUCGAAACGGUGUCAACAUCACAGCGGACACCGGAUUUCACCUGCAGGGUGGACAGCAUGGCGAGCUGCAACUAAGUGCAGCUCAACGGUCCAGUCCCGAUUCUGUAUUGAGUCUACAGGGCUCCGAUCCACCCUAUGGACAACCGCCUCGAAGCGAUUCCGGUGGGAGUUUUUCAACUCCCCUUCUGAACGAGACGCCUGUCUGGUGAGGGUGAAUCGAAUGAUUCGGCAAGUCUGGGCAUAUUGACAACGGCGACCAGAACUGCUGAGAAGUGAUCGUAAUAUGAAUAGGAAAAAUAAGGCGGUCACGAUCGAGAAUUCGAAUGGUAGCCAAGUUGAGGUGGAUAUCGCGCUCCACAUGCAGCGCUUACUGUUUCAUAGAGUUUGUGCUGUCUUCACGGCGGUUGCGGUAGAAAGUAGGAAAGAAAGAUCAAUAAGAUGAGGUUCUAAAAGCUGAAAAAAACAGGUCGAUGAUAACAUGCUAGUCGAAAUCAAGGAAUCGACCACAAGGCCUUCGAAAGACGUUUUAAGUCAGUAAAAAUGGCGCGAUCGACCACAAACAGAGCAUGGCCACUAAUGUUGCUGUAACUACUGUAAAACUCUCAUUGCAACUAUUACCAGCAGGAAAUCCGCGGACACUGGUGCAACGGAAGACCUGAUUAACUAACAACGGAGCUAUCGUCCUUCUGUGAGCAUUUUUUGCCUUCCGAUCUUUUAGCUCAGGACAUGCCCGCUUUUCGCGCCCACCGCCGCCGACCAACGUCGAUUUUUAACAUUUUGUCUGUUUACCUAUUCUCAUGAAUCUGUGACAUCGAGAAACAGCAAUGGCUCUUAAAUGGUGCCGUCGUGUUUUUCUCGCAGCUUGUACAGAACAAUUUCGUAGACGACAGCGACGCCAGUAUCAGCACGUGCACACGUAUAACUGGCCAGCUAAUGAAGGCGUGCAAAGCUGAAAGAAGAGACUGAACGCGAGCGGAAGAAAGAAACACACACACAAAGCUUCCUUACGUUCUUCAAAAAUCAUUGAUAAAGACGAAGUGAAACAUAAGCGACAAGUGAACGAAUAUAGAUGCUUCGAAUCCGGUGAAUUGCUAGUUUAUGUAAUUAUAUUGAUAAUGAAUAUUAAUAAUAUUAUUAAGGGCGUAUGGUAUAAAAUAAACGCAUAAGGUUGAUGAUGAGCGAGCUAUCAUACUUACCAGGUGUCAAUUCACACAGGGAAAUACUAAAAAAAAAUACACACACAGACGAGUAUAUAAGAGAGGCAACGAGCAAGUUAGAAAGCGGAGAAGGAUUCUGAGCUUGGUUUCGUGGCAGUAACGUCCUUGGUCUGAUGGCAAUAGAACGAAACCCCAGCAAAAGCGAAACCUCACAUUUUUUCCUUAGAUCUUUCUCGAAGGGAAGAGCAGAACAUCUGGAAGAUCGUAUUGUCAUGAUUCGCCAGGUUGAAGCGUGAUAACGAAUUGAGCGCUUGUCGUACGCUUUUCUAGACCGCAGGUGUUGCGACGCCGUCGUUGUCGCUAUUGCUGUUUUCAACUCCAAACAAAUAGCUCAUCAGUUUUUCUGUAAAUAGUCUGUAUACUGUAGCAGAUCAAAUGAAAUAGCAGUACAGAUGCACACGAGAAAAUUGUACGGUUGGUGUUCAGGACGAGGAGAAAAAAAUUGUCGCGUUCUGAGCUGGGCACCAUAGUUGCUUAGCAAAGCCUUGCCGGAACGUUAAACAAAAGUCACUUACACAUUUUCGAUUCAUUGAAGAUAAUAACAAGAAAAUGAAAGGCUAAUUGAUCAUUCACGAUGGGCUGGCAGCACGCGAAUAUUAGUAUUGAUUUUAUUUUGAUUCCAUUCGCUUCAGUCUUCCGGUGCCCCUCUUUUGUUCGAGUUUUUGUUAAAAUAGAGGCUCGGUAGCGUAAAGAAGAAAUUGGACAGGUCGGAGCGGGGUUACGACGAAGACAAUGUUGAGUAUCGGCAAAACCCCUGCAGCAUGUAGCCGAUAUAGGCCGCUUAAAACAGAUGUUUGGCGAUGUCAGAAAGCUAAGGGUCGUGCUUAAAAUUGCAGAUUUGACCAAUGCAAUGUUGUAUUAACGAAGAUGCAAAAACAACACCUCCUUGUGACCUUGAAAUAUAUUAGACGGAAAUCAGAGUCGCCUGUAUCAAUAUGACCUAGUUUAGCGGAAAAAAAUAGCCAGUGGAAAAACGAUAUACAACGGUAAGAAAGCCAGCGACGGAGGAGAUGGCGCCCACAAAAAAUAGGGUGGGGUGAGUACACGGGGAUAGUUCACGUCAAUAGAUCGAUGAUGGCCGAAACACGACGGACAGAAAAACGCUAAUGUAAUUGAAUAUAACUGAUUGACGCUACUGACAUAAAUCGAUAUAUAAAUAUAACAGAUAAUACAGAAAUAAUUAUACGAAGAUGAUUAUAUUAAUAUUAUAGUAAUAAUGAUGAUAAUAAUUAUAAUGAUAAAGUGAAUAAAUUCAGCUUAUUACUGUAACGUGGUUAAAAACACCCUUUACGCUUCUAACCCUUUGAGUGAUGAACACCUAUUGAUUGACUGAACAAUUGAUGAAUUAAUGUUAAAGGGACGAUGGGAAAGGAAACAAAAUUGUGGGUAGUUUGGCAAUUAAUAUGACGCGGUCGGCAAGCUAUAAACUUGAAAUUGUACUCAAUUACGCUGCUGUAAGAAAAUAAAUUAGAGGUAAUAUGAUACAAAUAAAAGCAAAACAUACCUCCAGAUACACAAGCUGAUCCCCCACUAUUGAUCUUACUGGUCGGGAGAUCAUUGGUCAUUGUCGCUCGUCGAAAGUGGGGUCUUUUUGGGGCAACUCUUCUCAUCGGUGGAAACACACUGGAGCUGUUUAGUAAAAGUCAAAAUAUUUGAGACUGGCUGAAUCACGUAUCAUAGCUAGCAGAGAUUGAUACAUACACAGUAGCGGAACAGGAUGCCCGUAAUUUUAUUAGAACUAUUGAUCUCACGUAGUUGAUGGAUGACGGAUAACUAGCAAUACUGUUUAAGUAGCGUUAGCUAUGGAUUUCGGCAAUGAGCUAGUCGGAACAACAAUAUUUUUCCCUUUUUGUAGACAAAACAUACGCAAGGUAAAAAAAAAACACCGACAUAUAUCUCAAGUAAUGAAGCAACGCGCCCGGAGAGCGAACUUAAUUAGGGCAUCAUUACAGAUAACCUCCGUAAACACGUACAUAUUUGCAAUAGUUAGCGCAACGACAGGGCAGGCACGCUGUUGGUACAAUAAGUGGCGCCUGGCGCUUUUCGAUUCGUCGAUGUAAAUAUGGGUGAAAAUAUAAAUAAUGUUAGACGGAAGCUGCAGAAAAGAGGCGUCGAUGGCAAGCCCGCCGCGUCAAAACCGCGUCCCUUUAGGUAGCAGAGUAUACUUGAUGGUGACGACUAAUGACCAUAGCCGUGUGGAUAACGAUUUCAAAAAUAAGAAUGAACGCAAUGCGGAUUAUAAAGAUAGAAAUGCAGGUAGCAUGUUCGUGUUUGGAUCGCCGCAUUCUGGAUGCCCUGUCCAUACGCGUGAGUUGUCGUAUAUAGAGGUGGACCGGCGUUCUGCUGCUGUUGCUGUUGUGGCAAUCAGUUUUCGUUUGUGUGUACCAUGCGAAGCAGGCCAUCCGUUGACGCUGCUAAGUUCAGCGUAAGUUUGGUAUGGAAAAGAAAAAGGUAAGGGACGUUUGGCAAACACAGGGCAAUGAUAAUUAAGCGGAAAGUUGGCUCAUGUAAAAGAAUGAAAAGAUGAGAGAAGUAAAAACGAUGUUAGGAAGCGCAAGUGAAUGAGCGGCAAGGUUCCUUGUACCCCACGUAUCACAGCAGUAUUGAAGACAGGCGACAGAUACCAUGACAAUUCAGCUGCCACCAUUGAUUUUCCACCGCGUUUAGCAAUGCAUCGAACCUAGGGUUGCAUAUUUGGUAAGAAAUGGGUAAUUUUUCGUGGGCGUAGCUUUGGGGGCCAAGGGACCUUCUCCGCCUCAAACUCAGGACCAUCCGAACACAGAACUUACAAUUCUCAGGACUAAUUAUCAAAAAACAUAUUCAGCAGAAAACAUUUACACAAACAUGUACACACGCAACGAUCCACAUACGGCAUUGGUUAUAUAAUCAUUUUCAUGGAUACAAAUAAACACAGAUACCUACAAUAUAAGCGAGCGGCGUGAGAAACUUGAAUGUAACGUAUUCGCUCAACGUCCAUAUCACUUGUAAGAAAUCGUUUCCUUUUUCUUCCAUCGCAAAAUGAAAAUAUUCCCAGACAAGAAGUAUAAACUCUCUCAAUAUCAUGGAUAAUUAUCUACAUAGUAAAGUGUAUGUGGAUAAAAAAACGAAUGAGUUGACCAUACUUGGACUAAAACCGGGGAAGUUGUGCGAAACAACUAAGACUACUGUAAUAAUGGACAAUAAUUGUAUAAGAGAAAUCAAUUUUAUCAAAACUGUGAGUGAAUAUGCAGCCGCUGCUUCCAUCAUUGCAAAAAAAAAAACAAAAAAAAAAAAAGCAAAAAGGAAAG